AUGCACCUGUGUUUACCCGUACACCGUAAAGACAGACCUCAAAAACUAAGCGAUCAAACUCUGAACCUCAUGACUGAACGGCGCUUAAUGACGCUGCAGUCCUCGGAUGGCGCGAAGUCAUAUAGGCAGCUCAAUAGACGGAUCUGCCGGUGUUUACGAUGCGAUCUUCGAAUCUUUAAUACCAAUCAUAUUAAAGAGACGAUUGAGUGGAACAAAGGCUCCAAAGUUUUCGCCAGAGACCUGUCUAUUGGGCAGAGCCAGCUGGCAAAGCUCAAGAGAGAGGAUGGCAGAGUAGCGUCCACGAAGCUAGAGUUACUGAAGGAAAUCGAAAGGUUCUAUGGACAGCUGCACACCUCGGUUACCAAACCUGUUAAAAGCUCAGCCGAAGACACUAGAGCGAAACUCACCCGACACUAUACCGAAGAUAUCCCGGACAUCAGCCUGUGCGAGAUUAGGAUGGCCCUUGAACAGCUCAAAAACAACAAGGCGCCGGGCGAGGACGGUAUUACAUCAGAGCUUCUGAAAGCGGAUGGAACACCCGUACUUGAAGUCCUUCAGAAGCUCUUUAAUACCGUCCUGUUCGAGGGUAUCACACCAGAGGCAUGGAACAGCGUGGUGGUGCUGUUCUUCAAGAAAGGCGAUAAGACUCUUCGAAGCCAUAAGAACUAUAGGCCUAUCUUGCUCCUGAGCCAUGUUUACAAGCAGUUUUCGAGAGUUAUUACCAAUCGUCUCACGCGCUGGUUCGAUAACUUCCAGCCUCCCGAACAAGCCGGUUUCCGAAAAGGGUACAGUACCAUAGACCACAUUUUCACGCUGCGGCAGAUUGCAAUUCCAUUGCGGAGUGGCCUGAGACAAGGAGAUGUAAUAUCUCCGAAGCUCUUCACCAAUGCGAUGGAAGAUGCCUUCAAACUCCUGGAAUGGGAAGAGCUUGGCAUCAAUAUUAACGGCGAAUACAUCACUCACCUUCGGUUUACCGACGAUAUCGUAGUCAUGGCAGAAUCGUUGGAAGACCUCAGCAAAAUGCUCCAAGACCUCAAUCGCAUUUCCCAACAGGUGGGCCUCAAAAUAAACAUGGACAAAACGAAAGUCAUGGCCAAUUGCCAUGUAGCGCCCACCUCAAUAUCAUUGGGGAACUCGAUUCUCGAAGUGGUAGACGAAUACGUUUAUCUAGGACAAACGGUCCAACUAGGAAGAUCCAGCUUCGAGAAAGAGGUCACUCGGCGAAUCCAACUCGACUGGGCAGCGUUCGGGAAGUUACGCGGCGUCUUCACGUCCAAAAUACCUCAGUGUCUUAAGACGAAAGUAUAUGAACAGUGCGUGUUGCCGGUGAUAACCUACGGUGUCAAGACGUGGUCUUUAACUGUGGGCCUUUUAAGAAGGCUCAGAGUCACUCAGCGAGCUAUGGGGCGGGCUAUGCUCAGCGUUUCUCUACGUGAUCGAAUCAGAAACAAGGAGAUCCGUAGACGAACAAAGGUAACCGACGUAGCGAAACGAGUCAGCGAGCUGAAGUGGCAAUGGGCAGGGCACAUUGCUCGAAGGACUGAUGGCCGAUGGAGCAAAAAAGUUCUCGAGUGGAGACCACGUACUGGAAAUGAGAUGGACGGACGAUCUGGUCAAGUCCGCGGGGUAUCGCUGAAGUUAUUGGGAAAGCCCUAUAUCCAACAGUGGACGUCUUACGGCUGA